UUGCACGCCAUCUGAAAUGCCUUUCGCUGUAUCGUGGUGUUGGAGGGAAGGCUAUUGGAGGAUUCGGACCGAUGUCCGGGUCAUUGAAGGAUUGAGGCUCGUGACCUGAGUUGAACUUGAACUUGUACGACCAUCACCAUCUUGAUCCAAUUGACUAGCACGCCCUACGUCCGAAAGCUCCCAGCUUAUGACAUUACCAACCUCCUUCAAUCCCUCCGACUGGCAUCCUUGUAAAGGCUGCGCCUGUGUAAACCAUGUCAUUCCAUCCUACGGAUUUUCUGUCACAGACGCAGAUGGCCCCAUAGCUGAUCAUCCAGAUCUCGGGAAACUCGCACGCUCCAACGAUACACCCAACUCGUCUGAAGAGGUGACUCUUCAACAGAUGAUGUCCGAUACAAGAACACGUAUUGCCGCCCUUGAUGCCCAGGUGCUCGAGUUGAAGGCGCUGAGACAGGCUUUCGUCGCACGCGUUGACGAAGAGCUCGCUGCGUUCGAUAAAGAACGGCAACGCCUCUCUGACAGCAUACAAGAGCGGCAGUCUCUUCUCGGUGCAUUGCGUCGUAUGCCAAAAGAAAUCCUGGCUCACAUUUUCUUUCACACCCUUAUCUUUCCUUUUCCACGGGUAGCUUCCUCGUCCGAACUAUCGGUAUAUGGCUAUUGGCUCGCAUUUUAUGCCAGUAAACAUCCACUUUUAUCAUUUGAACUGGUGUGUCGCAACUGGAAGGACGUUCUUGACACAUUCCCUAACCUGUGGUCUUAUGUCAAUAUUCUCAUCGACCGAAUGACUUCCAAUACGUACAUCCGCUACAUUGGAUACCAGCUGUCUCGCUCUCGACAGUGCCCAUUAUCUCUCUCGAUAUGCCACAGUGCGAGCAAGUCAGUCGUCAGGAUGGGAGCCUUUCCUGCUGCUAUCUUAAUGGCCCUUUUCACAGCCAACCAUAGGGUAAAAACCCUCCAUAUUGGCCUCCCUGGCAGAUAUUUCGCCGAUAUGAAGCAACUUCAUUUAUCCUUCCCGAAUCUACAAGAACUUGUUCUCAGUUCGUCAUCCGAUACUUCGGAGGUUGCUCAGCACCUCGAUUUCGGUCCACUGCCGCAUUUGCGGGUCUUCACUGCUACAGACAUCAGUAAUGUUUACAAACUGUCCCUCCCUUGGCACCAAAUUACUCAUUUCACAAACGCACACUCGCGAGUAGGACACAGACCACCCGCUCAUCGUGCUCUGGAGAUCUUAAAACUGAUGUCCCAGCUAUCCGUCUGUCGUUUCUCCCUUGACCUGCAGUCUUUGACAACUGAAGUUGUGGAGGAAGCGACUCUUGGGGAACUACAUUCAUUCACACUUACAUCUACAUACCAACAAGGCUUCGGUUUCCCACCUGUGAUUCCCUUUGUGCUCAACUCCCUCAUCCUACCUGCGUUGUUGCAUCUCUCGAUAUAUUGCUUAUCCGGCUUCGCUUCGCGGGACCAGGACAUGACCUUUACUUCUAUCUGCCAGCUCAUCGAACGUUCUCAUAGUCCCCUUACAUCUCUCUAUUUCAACAAUGGAGAGAUCAUAGAGGAUGAUCUUAUUCGUAUUCUUUCCAACACGCCCACCCUCCAGGAUUUACGGCUAAUGAAAGUGGGCGGAGGGAUCACAGAUCAAGUCCUUAAUAAUCUCGCUCGUAGAGCCGACACAGAGUCUGACUCUCAGGUCCCGGCGCUCGUCCCUCACUUGCACACGCUGCAUCUCAGUGGCCACCUCUCCUUUCAAGUAGAAGUCUAUGUACAGACGGUCGAAUUUCGGUGGACGUGUCAUCCGCGCCACCUCCGGGCGGUGGAGAUUUGCCGAUAUGUGGAUCGGCAGAGUGAAAGGGAGGAAGAAGCCAAAAUACUGGCUCUUUCCAGGCUUGAUGUGCUAUGGGACGAGGGAUUGGAUGUAGCCAUGAGUACGCAAAGAGUGUGAGGACAUCCCAGAUAUAUUGUCUGUAAAUACUUGUAUCAUGCUUUUAUACUGAUAUAGUGGACGUAGCCACGAGAAUUUUAUGAAAUGAUACCAGA